GUCCGGCCAGUGCGGAGGCGCGCGUUGCCGCCCAGGAGCGAGCGAGCGAGGGAGCUAGCGGCGAGAGGACACCCAGCGCGCCCCGUCCGGUCGCGCACGAUGCUGCCCUGGACGGCGCUCGGCCUGGCCCUGAGCCUGCGGCUGGCGCUGGCGCAGAGCGGCGCAGAGCGUGGUCCCCCAGCGUCAGCCCCCCAGGGGGACCUGCUGUUCCUGUUGGACAGCUCGGCCAGCGUGUCUCAUUAUGAGUUCUCCCGAGUUCGGGAGUUUUUGGGGCAACUGGCAGCCCCGCUGCCCCUGGGCCCUGGGGCCCUGCGUGUCAGCCUGGUGCACGUCAGCAGCCAACCACACACCGAGUUCCCCUUCAGCCAGCACAGCUCAGGUGCGGCUGUACAGGAUGCCAUACGUGCUGCAGCCCAGCUCAUGGGUGACACCAACACUGGCCUAGCGCUGGCAUACGCCAGGGAGCAGCUGUUUGCUGAAGCGGCGGGUGCCCGGCCGGGGGUGCCCAAGGUGCUGGUGUGGGUGACAGAUGGCGGCUCCAGCGACCCCGUGGGGCCCCCCAUGCAGGAGCUGAAGGACCUGGGCGUCACGGUCUUCAUCGUCAGCACUGGCCGUGGCAACCUCCUGGAGCUGUCGGACGCCGCCUCGGCCCCUGCUGGGAAGCACCUGCACUUCGUGGAUGUGGACGACCUGCACAUCAUUGCGCAGGAGCUGAGGGGCUCCAUUAUGGACGCAAUGCGGCCACAGCAGCUCCGUGCCUCUGAAGUCACAUCCAGCGGCUUCCGCUUGGUGUGGCCGCCCCUGCUGACUGCCGACUCUGGCUACUACGUGUUGGAGCUGGCACCCAGCGCCAAGCCAGGGACCGCGCGUCGCCAGCAGCUGCCGGGGAACGCCACAGGGUGGGCCUGGGCCGGCCUGGACCCCGACACAGACUACGACGUGGCGCUGGUGCCAGAAUCCAACGUGCACCUCGUGAGGCCGCAGCACCUGCGGGUGCGCACGCUGCCGGAGGAGGCCGGGCCAGAGCGCAUCGUCAUCUCACACGCCAGGCCCCGCAGCUUGCGGGUGAGCUGGGCCCCGGCGGUGGGCCCGGCUGCCGCGCUCGGCUACCACGUGCAGUUCGGGCCUUUGCGAGGCGGCGCGGCGCAGCGCGUGGAGGUGCCCGCGGGCCACAACAGCACCACGCUUCAGGGCCUGGCGCCCGGCACCGCCUACCUAGUUACGGUGACGGCGGCCUUCCGCUCCGGCCGCGAGAGGGCGCUGUCAGCCAAGGCCUGCACGCCCGACGGCGAGCGCAGCCGCGCCCCGCGUCCUUCGCUGCCGCCGGGGGCGGGGGGCCGGGGGCCGUGAGCUGGCUGCCCCGCCUACUCGAGGGCCCCUUCUCCCGAACCCGGUGGGGAGGCGCCCGCCGCCUAGACCAGGGUCUUGUCCUGGGGGGGUGGGGGUGCGGGCCGGGCCUCUGCCCCGCGGCUACUCCGCGGGGCUCCCAAGCCCUCUCCCCGCGGCCGGAGCCGGCGUCUGCCUUCCAGGACGCGGGGUUCGCCCGACUCCGCGGCCUAACUCCGCUGCAGCUCUGGCAGCAGAGCUUACCAUUGCGACUCCAUACCCUGGCAGACCCAGAGCGGGGCACUUCGUGGUGUCCUUCGGGCAGGAUUUAGCGGGGAGAUGGAUAGGGAGUCUGGGGGCGGGUUGAGAACAUCAGACCCAGGACUGGCCCUCGCCCUGGACCGGAGGGCAGCCUGUCUGGCAGCCGGACCUCCCACUUGUGUGAAGGGACAGUCGUGUGAGAGAGGUUGGCCCAGAUGGCCGCUGCGGUUCUGGAUGUUGAUAGAAGGUGGAUGGGGGAAGGGGAGGAGUGCUGGGCGGCUGACGGUGUGGUAGUGGUUGGUGGGUAGAAAGGUGGCCUUUACCAGGACACUCAGCUGGCGUGCGGGCAGUGCCUGCCAGGGACAGUGGCCCUGCCUUCCUGCCCAGGAUCCUGAUGGCCCAGCUACAGGCACCUUUUGCGAGGACCAAAGCCUGGCAUUCAGGACCCUGCAGACAGCACGGGCAGGGAGCCUCCCCUUGCUCCUGGGUGGGUGGGCUUCCAUUUGGGGGCGAGGAUGAACAAGUGUUCCCUGGGUGGGUUCACCCCAGGAUUCUCUACAUAUUCUGCCACCCCUCCCCCACCACAACUUGACUAUUCUGGGGCCACCAAACAAGUCCCAAGGGCAGGCAGCACUGCUGCCCCCAGCGCCACCAGGCACGUCGUCCUCUGCCUCUUUCCCACUAACGUCUCACACUUUAAAAUACAGUAAAUCAGACGUAAACUGAG